AUGGACAACGAUCGCAAGCAACUAUGUGAGCGGCUCAUUAAAAAGGUAUUCCAGUUUGCAGAGCUAAAAGCAAGCCGCAUUCAAAGGGCAGAAAGGCUUGAGCAGAAAAUAGCAUCUAUUAAUGCCACCCCAGCAGUCGAGGAAGAGCUCAAGGCAGACCUUAGAAAGCGUGAAAGAGAAUAUUUGCGUCUCAUGAGGCGCAAGAUCAAUGUCAAUCUCUUUGAAAAGAUCAAGAUGCUGGGCAAGGGUGCCUUUGGAUCUGUGUGGCUAGUCCGUGAGAAGUCCACCCAGAAGUACUUCGCUAUGAAGCAGCUGUGCAAAGAUGAAAUGAUCAGGAGAGGCCAGGUUGAGCACUGCAUUACUGAGAAAGAAAUUAUGGCUUCUUCUGUUAGUGAUUGGAUCAUCCGACUAUACUACUCCUUUCAGGAUGACCUGUAUCUCUAUCUAGUGAUGGAGUUUGCUAUUGGUGGGGAUCUCAUGGGCCUUCUAAUUAGGGUUGACCUGUUUCCAGAACCAGUCGCACGUUUUUAUAUGUCGCAAUGCUGUGCUUGUAUUAAUGAAAUUCAUAAGAACAACUCCUUUUAUCGGGACGCCAAGCCAGAUAACUUUCUUAUUUCGGAAAGCGGACAUGUCAAGCUCUCCGAUUUCAGUCUAGCCAAGGACUUUAAAUCUAGGCCCGGAACAAUGGAAGUAACAACCAUGAGUGACGAGCACUUGGGUACCGGAUCGAUAAACCCGCUUGCAAGCCCUACUCUAUCCCCAGGAUUGAGCGGCACAGCAUCAUCCUUGAGGUCCGAGGCUACCGGAUCAAUAACUGCUCCCUCCAUGACCGUGCCAGACAAUGUGGGGAUUAUGCACAAUCGCGCAUAUUCAACGGUAGGAACUCUUGACUACAGCGCCGUGGAGAUCGUGCGCAAAGAUCCAGGCGGCUAUGGUCACAAGGUGGACUGGUGGAGUAUGGGCGCCAUCUUGUAUGAGUGCGUCUUUGGUUACCCGCCCUUUGGAUCUGACAAUCCUCGAGAUUCUGUUAAGAAAAUAGUCAAAUACAAGCAGUACCUCAAAUUUCCCGCAGACCCUAAGGUCUCUCCCGAGUGCAUUGAUUUAAUAAAGCAUUUGAUAUGCGAGCCUGAAGAGCGCUAUGACUUCGAGCAGAUAAAAGCCCAUCCGUGGUUUGCUAACGUUGACUGGAACGAUCUGCAUUCCUACAACCCUCCAUUCAAGCCAAAUGUUAGCUCUGAAGUCGACCUAAAGUACUUUGAUUUCGUGAAUGAGGCCAAGGAUGGUGGGCCUGUUGAGGCUCUUCCAGAGUGCAAGGAGCAGGUGAAGUGGUUCUCGCCUCCUACAUUUGGAAAUUAUACAUAUCGAGCAUUUCCUGGCACUGUCGACUUACGCACUAACGCAAAUAACAGAACCAAUGUCAAAGACCUCUUUAAGCCGCCUGGGAAUUAA